AUUUCGUAGGGCAUGCAUAACAAAAUUGAGAACAUAAAAUUAAAAACCAUAUAUAUAUAUAUAUAUAGCCUGUGGAUUGUUGAUAUAUUGUACGAUUGUAUAAUAAAAACAAUGUGUAUUGAAGGAAAAUACACAUUGAAUGCUGUAUAUAUAGUAUUGUCUUUUGGAGAGUAAUUAGUGAUAAAUAGAGGGAGGAAAAAAGAAUGUUGAGAGAGAAAGAAAGAGAAAUGGAGAAGGAGAGUUUUCCUCAUGUGCUUCAUAAACACCCGCUGAGCCUGAUCCCCAAUCCCGCCGCAGAAACUAUUCAUUCUUGGCACACUUGGUGUUUUGGUUGUUGGAGAUUCUUUUUACCAGGAGAUGCAGCCUAUGGAUGCAGCCAAAGGUGUGGAUUUGAUCGGGUAUUACACAAAGAAUGCAUGGAAAUGCCGAGAGAGAUUCGUCAUCCUCUCCAUCCUUCACACUCACUCACACUACAACAAGAUUCUUCAUAUGAUAUCAUAGGUACAUGUGCAGUUUGUGAAGAUUCACUUAUGCAUGGGCCGUUGUUCUACAAAUGUAGUGGGGGAUGUGAGUGGUCGAUCCACUUGGGAUGCACAGGGGAUUUUGAAGCAGCAGCAGUUGAUGAUUCAACAAUGAAUCACCGAAGCCACCCUCAACAUCAACUCAUCAAGAAUACAAGAUCGUGCUCCUUCCCCUGCGAUGCCUGUGGUGCCACUCACAAAGGGAACGCCUACAUCUGCACCCUUUGCAACUACUGGAUACACGAGAGCUGCGCACUCUUGCCGGUGUCUGCGCACUUCCCUCAUCAUCGCCCCGACCACUCUCUCUCACUCGCUUUUAAUCCACCAAAUGAGUACAUCCAAUAUGCAUUUGUGUGUGCUAUAUGCAGUGGAACUUUGCCAAUGAGACGUUGGGUCUAUCAUUGCCAGCUUUGCAGAUAUGUCGUCCAUAUCAACUGCGCCACCAACACAUCCUCCCUCUCACUUUCGAAUUCAUCUAAUAACGAAAAUGUUGUUGAUGGUGAGAAAUACAUUACCAAGGGUCCGAUAGAUGACAUAUAUGAGGAGAUUAUCAGACUCUUUGUUAAAAGAGAAAGAGGACAAAUUUUCAUUCCUAAUGAUCAUGACAAUCAGAACAUGGAUGGCAAAUACAAGUUCAACAAUCACCACCAUUUUCUAAGUUUUACUACAUUUUCAUCACCCUCUUCAUCAUCUCAUCAUCACAAUCAAGAAGAAGAAGAGGAAGAUGAUGGUGAUGAUGACGAAGACAGUAGUAUUCCAAGACCGGAAGUAACAUGUGAUGGAUGCACAUUGCCUAUACAUGAAAAGAAGCAAAGAGAUGAUGAUGAUGAGUACGAGAAUGGUUACAUGAGUUGUGAUGAAUGCAAAUACUUUCUCCACUUGUCCUGCUUUAACUUACCACCACACCUCCCAUCUCUUCCACUCCACCCCAUCCAAAAUCACAAUCUUACACUUCGAAAUGCUGGCAAACUAACAGAUUGGGCAUUCUGCAAGGUUUGUGAGAGUUAUACGAAUGGGCUCUUUUAUAAGUGUACCCAAUGCUCCUUCACUACAGACAUCAAGUGUGCUUCUCUGCCCAACACCAUAAAACACGCAGCUCACCCACAACAUGAUUAUCUCAAUCUAGUCUGGGGCAGUCACAGCUGGUACAAUUUCUGUGGUGUUUGUUAUGAUACUAGACCUUCAAAAAGUGUAUUUUACAAAUGCAAUAGCUGCACGUUUUGUAUGUGUGGUGAAUGUGUGUUGCUACCAGCACAAAAUAAGCAUAGAUUGGAGAAGCACCGAUUGUGGUUGACAUAUGAUGCAUAUGUUAAUCGUCCCGGUGAGUUCUACUGCAGCAGCUGCGAAGACCAAAUGAAUCCGAGGGGAAGGAUGUAUCAUUGUCGAGACUGCGAUCAAUCCUUUCAUCCCGAAUGCAUUCCUGCUAGGUCGGGUAUGUAUAAAAACAUCAACUAUGGGAUGCAGCAGUAUGUGAUUCCCACUCUUCAUCACCCUCACCACCCUCUUAGAUUUCAAAUCAUAACCAAGAAAAAGCGUUGCGACCUAUGUCGUGGCGAUAGUUAUAAUGAGCCUGGAUUUCAAUGUGCAUCAUGCUACUUUGUCAUGUGUAUGCCCUGCAGUGGAAGUCAUGACAUGGAUGCCUUUAAGCCCAUCUGAUUCACAACAUUCACAUCCACUUGAAUCACUCCUUUUAGUUGGGUGUGUAUAGAUUGUUGUAUUUAUGGGCUAAAUUAAUGUGUGUUGUUCUAAUUUAAGUGAUGAGUUGUAUGCUAUGUAUCUACUUACCCUUGUAGUUCAAAAACUAUAUAUAAGUUUUAUAGUUAUUGUGUAUUA